AUGUCUUCCAAGCAAGCCACCGUUACUACCCAACCCUUCGCUCACCCUGAGCCGCAACAUAUUAGCACUUCGCAUGAGCUCAGCAACGACGGCGCUACUCCUACCACCUCAUGGACGCGCAGCCCAGGCCUCCACGCUCGCCACGUAGCUCGCAAGCUUACGACACGCCAUGCAUGGCUUGGCGACUAUCAGUUUGGCGCUCUCUGCCUGCCGCGCCUCUUGCCUUGGAAGCCCGACUCGAAGCUCAACGGUGGUGCGGCUGAAUCUCCUUUCUACGGCGUCCAUGACGAGCUUCCGAUCGCAGUAGCAGCGAUCUGCGGCCUUCAACAUGCGCUUGCCAUGCUCGGAGGCCUCAUCACCCCUCCAAUGAUUAUCGCGUCCUCGCUCAGCUUGUCUGCCGAAACGUCGGCCUACCUCAUCUCUGCCAGUCUCAUCACCUCAGGAUUGAUUUCUGCCGUUCAGCAAUCUGCUAUUCCUCUUCCUUUCAUGGGUGGACGACAGCUCGGUACUGGCUUGCUUAGCGUAGUCGGCACGAGCUUUACCACGCUCUCCGUCACAAGUAGUGUCUUCACCAACCUAUACGCUGAGGGCGUAUGUCCUCUUAACCCAGAUGGCAGUCGAGCCGCUUGUCCGGAUGCGUACGGCUACCUGCUUGGAACCGCAGCAGUGUGUGCUUUGCUCGAGAUUGCACUUUCCUUCCUCCCCGUCAAGGUGCUCAAACGAAUGUGGCCUCCGCUGAUCACGGGAACCCUUGUCUUCUUCGUCGGCAUUAAAUUGAUUGGUGAAUCCGCCAUCCCCUCGUUUGGUGGUGGCUCCUCAUGCCACGGAACCACCAAACUCUGCUCCGGCACUGAUCACCGAGCUUACCUCUGGGGUGAUGCGCACUACCUCGGUCUCGGUCUCCUCGCUUUCUUGACGGUCGUGGUCACAGAAAUUUUUGGCAGUCCUGCGAUGCGUAACGCUUCAAUAGCCAUCGGACUUUUGUUCCCGCUCGUGGUAGCAGGCCCACUAGGAUACAUGUCUUCGGCACCCAUCGAAUCGGCACGUCCCAUCACGUUUCUCUGGGUGGAAACGUUUCAACUUCGAGUCUAUGGUCCCGCCGUUUUACCGCUCCUGGCGGUCUACAUCUCGCUCAUGAUGGAAUGCAUUGGUGAUGUCACGGCAACGUCAGAAGUGAGUCGCGUCGAGGUGGAUGGAGUUGCCUACGAUCGACGUAUCAGCGGUGGUGUACUGGUCGACGGUCUUGCUGGCAUCUUCAGUGCGCUGUUCACCGUGCCACCUCUCUCGGUUUUUGCGCAGAACAACGGUGUCAUCGCUAUCACCAAAUGCGCCAAUAUUCAAGCUGGUCGAUGGUGCAGUUUCUGGCUCAUCCUGUUUGGCAUCAUCGGUAAACUAGCUGGUUGCGUACGAGCCAUCCCACAACCCGUCCUCGGCGGCGUGCUGCUGAUUCUCUUUGGCUCGAUCGCUGUAUCAGGCAUCAAGAUUUUGCAAUGUGUCACCUUUACGCGAAGGAACCGUUUCAUCCUGGCGCUCAGCUUUGGAUUUGGCUUCGGUACCUUGUUGGUACACGACCUAUUUAGCAAUCUCUUCACUUACAAGGGUGGUAACAAGGCGCUCUCGGGUUUCUUGGACAGCAUCAUCAUUGUCAUUUCGACGCCAUUCUUGAUCAGUGCCGUCGUGGGCAUGAUUGCCAACGGGAUCCUGCCGAUGGACGAGGAGGACAGGCAGCUGCAGCGUGCACGAGAAUCGCCGCAGCUGGCACCCAAUUCCGCCUCUGACGAGAAGCUUCCUGCCUGA